ACAACGAGCUCUUACCUGAAUCAGGACCCGUUCUUCACUUUCCUGCUCUGACCCUGAGGGAUUCUGGGAAUUACACCUGCACUUGGAAAACCAACAUGACAUCAGGAUCUAAAACCAUCAGCCUUCAGGUCGAGGGUGCACAGGACAGUGAAAGGGGUGUGAAAUAUCCCAAUGAGACGAUCUGUGCUGUGAGCACGUUCAGUGUCUCCAUUCCCUGUUAUUAUUAUUAUCCACGUCAAAAUAACCAGGUGACACAAAUGCUUUGGUGUGCACUACAGUCAAACACACACUGUCAGGAGUCUCUGUAUGUUUAUAACAGCUCAUCAAGCUCCAUAACAGAUUUUAAGUACAUUGGAGACAACAAAUCAGACUGCACUUUGUUAAUACACAAUGUACAGUUCAGUUAUUCUGGAAAGUACAAAUUCAACUUUAUAACCAAUGUGACUGAUGGUGGAGAAGUAAAUAAUCCUGGAGUGACUGUACAGUUUACAGAUUUAAAGGUGUCACUAAUCAGACUUAGUGGAAACGGAACCCUUAAACCAGGAGACUCGUUAAAUCUGACGUGUGAUGUGACCUGCACACAAAGUUCCUCACAGUUUGUGUGGUUUAAGAACAAUGAACAGUUAAAUACAUCAGAAGCCGUUCUUCACUUUCCUGCUCUGACCCUGAGUGAGUCUGGGAAUUACACCUGCACUUGGAAAACCAACAUGACAUCAGGAUCUAAAACCAUCAGCCUUCAGGUUGAGGGUGAAAAUCCACCUUGGCCAUUCUGGAUCAUUGCAGUGGUGGCAGGUGGAGGGAUCAUCUUAGUCAUCAUAGGAGUGGUGAUUUGCCUCAGGAGUAGGAAGGACGUUGUUCCAGAAGACAACAAAGGAAAAGUUGGAGAGCAAACACAGGUGAAGCAGGUUCCUCAACCCAAUGAAGAAGUGCAGAAGCAGGAGGAAGUUACAUAUGCAUCUGUGUGUGUCAAAAGCAGCAGUCUGAACAAAGAAUGUGUUCACGCCGAGCAGCAGAGGGAAAGCAUAUCCAUUAUCUACAGUGCUGUGGCAAUAAAAUAAUUGCCCCUUUGGCGUCAUAUAUUAAAGCAUUAAGCUUGCAAUCGUGCAGCCACAGUUUCCCUCCUGGAAGCUGAAUUCAGAGUGCACACUGGCGACACCUACCGAUGAAGAGGGUUUUUUCCACCCACACUCCUGCUCCGCCAUGUGCAGUGUGAUCCUGACACACAUCUUCUGCUUGAUCAACCCUAAACGCUCGACUGCAUCUUCUACAUCUUGAAGCUUUCUACACAUAUGAAUAAUCUCAUCCAGAAACCAAAAACCUUUCCUGACCUUUCUAUGACCUGCUGUAAUCAAAAACUAAUUCCAGAAUCAUACACAAUAUGGAAAAAAAUGUGUUAUUUCUCUGUAAUGGAGCUGUUCACUCCUUAGUUCUGUUUUCUCAAAAUAGCUUAUUUCCUUAUUAUUUCUGACUGUCGGGUGAGAAAAUCAAAUCUCAAUCCAGAUUUCUGUAAAUUUGUUUUGUUGUUAAAAGUGCUACACAAUUUUUUUUAAUAAUGAUUGUGAAUCUUGUAAUUGAAUUGAAAUAUUUUUAAGUUGUUUGUAAGGUAGCA